GGAGGAGAGCGAACUACCGGCUGCCGGGAGGAAGCGGGGGUGGCGGGGCCGACAGCGGGGCAGAGGCCCGGGAACGGGAUGAGGUGGAGGCCCGGGAAGGCCGCUUCGUUGCUUGGGGUUGCGCUAUGCACCCGGCCUUGGCGGUGUGUUUGGUGUUCUGCGGCUGCUGCAGCAACGUGGUGUUCCUGGAACUGCUGGUCAGGCAGUUUCCAGGAUGUGGGAACAUAGUGACAUUCUCCCAGUUCCUAUUUAUUGCAGUGGAAGGCUUUAUCUUCGAAGCCAACUUUGGGAGGAAGCGGCCAGCCAUACCAAUGAGGUAUUACCUCAUCAUGGUGGCCAUGUUCUUCACUGUCAGUGUGGUGAAUAACUAUGCUUUGAACUUAAAUAUUGCCAUGCCACUGCACAUGAUCUUCAGAUCGGGCUCUCUCAUAGCAAGCAUGGCUCUAGGUAUCAUCAUUUUGAAAAAAAGAUACAGUUUGUCGAAAUACACGUCCAUAGCCCUGGUUUCCAUGGGGAUCUUUACCUGCACUUUCAUGUCUGCAAAGCAAGUGGCAUCCGACUCCAGCUUGAAUGAAGAGGAUGGACUCCAUGUUUUCUUGUGGUGGCUGCUAGGUAUUGCUGCACUCACCUUCGCCCUCCUCAUGUCUGCAAGAAUGGGAAUUUUCCAGGAGACACUGUACAAGCAGUUUGGGAAGCACUCCAAAGAGGCCCUUUUUUACAACCAUGCGUUACCACUCCCUGGCUUUGUCCUCCUGGCUCCAAACAUCUACCACCAUGCAGUUCUCUUCAGCCAGUCUGAGCCAUUCCAGAUCCCAGUGAUUGGGCUGACCAUGCCAAUCAUGUGGUUCUACCUCCUCAUGAAUGUCAUCACUCAAUACGUCUGCAUUCGGGGCGUCUUCAUCCUCACCACGGAGUGCACCUCCCUCACUGUCACACUGGUGGUGACGCUGCGCAAGUUCGUCAGCCUCAUCUUCUCCAUCCUCUAUUUCCGCAACCCCUUCACGGCCUGGCACUGGCUGGGCACUGCCUUUGUCUUCGUGGGGACUCUCAUGUACACAGAGGUGUGGAACAGCCUCGGGCCCCUCCUGGCCCGCUGGAGGAAGAGGCCGAAGGAGGAAUAGCAGCUGGAUACUCUCUGCAUGGACCUUUUUAUUGUUUUAUAGAGCAGAGCAGCAGGAAAUCCCCCUAAAGGGGGUCCUUUUUAUAACACAGGGGAGGUGUUGGCUGUGCCAAGCUCCUGGGAAACGUGGAGCCUCUGCUUGGAACCUGCCUGGAGUAAUGGAUUGUGGUGGGAGGAUACGGUUACAUUUGAGAGGUGCAUUUUGUUAUGCAACCCCUUUUGCUUCCCCCCCCUUUUCCCGCCCCCCAGCCCUUCACCUUCUCCUUCACAUUUAAAUAACCCUUUUAAAGUAAUUUAAAAGCUGACCCAACUCUUGAAUAGGAUCCCAACCUUGUGCUUUUCUGCAAUCCUCCCAGCUUUGUUGAGCUGAACCCUGAGCCCGUUUGGUGCCGUCCUUUAACAGUGAGGUUACUGUAGUGCAUGACUGAGCCCCAGGGAGCCACCAAGACACUGCUGUUCAUGGAGCAGGUUUUUAGUUACACUGGAAAUGCCAGGCUGUCCUUGUUGCCUGAUCCUACCACUUUUGCUGCGAGUUACAACCCAUAGCUUCCACUUUCUCCAGACUCUCUACCAGGGAGUGGCUUUGGGGACUUACCUGUCACUAAUAUCAUGAUGCUGCGCUGGUACUUAAUGAGGUGGAGGGUGUCAGGGGUUCCUGCUUCUGGUAGUCCUUAGUGUAGAUCACUUUUCAGCCACCUCUUCCUCCUUUUUCCAUCAUCCCAAGCGUGGCCACAGGGGAAUUUGUUACCUACAGUCAGCUGCAGUGAUUUGUGCUGAAUCACUUGUGUGCCUGGGACAUCCCAGUGUAGAAUCAUGGAACAGUUUGGCUUGGGAGGGACCUUUUAUGAACCCCACCACCAGAAAGGUUGCCUAAAGGCCCAUCCAGCCUGGUCUUGAGCAUUUUGAGGGAUGAUCCACGGCCUCUCUGGGCAGUCUGUUCCAGUGCCUCCCCACCCUCAGAGCGAAGAAUUUGUUUUUAACACCAAAUCUAACUCUUAUUUUAAAACAGCUACCCCUUGCCCUAUCACUACACACCUCAGGGUAAAAACAUUGCCAAGGAAUUUCAGAAGGGCCAGAACAGCUGAACUUACUUCUAUUGCUGGAAAGGGGCUGGUUUUCCUGUCUUUUUACCCAGCCCUCCCCUUUUCUUUCUGUCUCCCGCUCCUUGGGGAUCAGCUUCACUCAUGACAUUUCUAUGCACCCACUUGGUGCAGGACCAGUGUCCCAUACCAUCACCUCUUGCACAGCACAUGGGAACACUUGCAAGAGCUUUGGAUGCAUGUCUUCCAGGAAGGCAAAGAGCAGCACUGUUCUAGGAGCUGUUCAUGGUUGAGCAAAUCAAAGGUUGACGAGCAGCCUUGUCUUUCUUGGUCUUGAAGCAGCAGGGGAGCACAUGCAUGGAUUUUAUUGUCUUGAUUUUCCUUUAGCACCGUGGUUACUUCAUUGCGAUGCUCCCCCUAUUCAGCCAUGAGAGCAUCCAGUAGUGUCAAGUUGGUCACGUCAAGCUUGGCCAAGGGAGGACAGCAGUAAUCUGAUGUCCCUCCACCAACAUCUUCAUGGCUUUUGGCUUCAGUAUCUACAGCCCCUUCAGCACGAGAGCUGUGCUUGUGGUGCGUUGCUCCUGUCAGCAACAGAGCACCACACGGCCCUGGGUGUAGGGAGAAGAAAGAGCAAAACCUGCAGUACUUGUCAGUACUGCUAAUAAGCAAAGAAAAGAAGAAGAAGGAAAAACAAACAUGAUGCAAAGACAAUCCCUCACCGCCUCCCAGUUAAAACAACACCAACCACUCCCCGAGCAAUGGCUGCCAUCCCAAAACUCCUUCCCCUCCUUUCUAUUGCUGAUUUUUAUUGAGAGCAGCUGUGUGGCUGUCCCCCAGCUUAUUACCAGCCCAUGGCCUAGUCACAAUGAGGGCAGAGUGGGGGGGAAAAAGAGAAAGCAUCGACCCUGUGCUGCUCAGCAGUAGGUUAAACAUUGGUGUACUGUUAGCAUUAACCCCAUCCCAGCCAGAACCAGAUGAAGGUUUUGUCCUAGUUUGAUUUCUCCUGAGCCAGAAAAAAACCUUUUGUAUUAUCAGAACUGGGAUAUUUCCAAGGAUUUUCUGGAUGUGGAAACUAUUCCCCAGCAGCUUCCCUGUAUGUCGUGCAGCUCAGCUCUUGCUCGUGGCUGUGGUUUUUGCAGCCUGGGUUGAGGAGUUAGCAAAACAACAGCUCAGCAGGUGCCUGAGUGCCUGUAACAUAGUGUACAUAGCCUACUCCCCAGGUUGUUGCCCUUUGUAUCAAGAAAACUGCAUGUUGUCACCCAUUUCUGUGUGAUGAUGGUGCAUUUGGGAAUGUUUGGGUUCCUUUUUUUUUUUAAGCUGUAAUUCCCUCAAACCAGGUAUCAGUCAUGGGUUAUAUUUUUAUUGUUAUCCCAUACUUUUUUUUUUAACUGUCUGCUGUGUGAUUCUGUGUGUUUCCAAAUAUUUAUUGUUGUGGAAGUGUCAGCGAUUCCUUUUCUGCUGUGGGAGAGCUCCCCUGGUUUGUGAGGUGAAGGGAAGGUCCUUGCAAAAGUGCCCCAAUAGCCAGAAAUAAUAUUUGAAUCCUCCUUACCCAGAAUGGGGUACUGAUCUGUUUGGGUUUUACGUUUGGAGUGGAAAUGAUAGAGUGAUAGGACCCUUUUUUGUUUUUCUUUUAGCAGAGGCAGGCAAAGUGAUGAGCCAAGAUGCUUUUAGACCAGCACUUUGGAUUGACAGCCUUUGGGUUGGCUGGUUGGGCUUGGGGGCAUUUUUGAUGUUGAGGUUUGGUUUUGUUGAACAAAAUAAAUAUCUCCUGUUCAAAACAUGA